AUGCCAAGUAGCGAGGAUUCCAACACGCCACGUUCAAACACGUGGACACUUGAUGAAUUUGGUGACUUAGUAUCAGCAUGGGAACUAGCAACGUCACGUCCUCGUGAUCCAAGCGCACCAACGCUUCAUGAUGCUGUGUUUAAACAUUUUGUGGUCUUACGUGGGGGAUCUACACGACGUAACAAAGCAGCACUUACAAGUAAACGUAGUGCAUUGAAAUUUUCAUAUCUUUACAUUCGAGACUUUGAUAGUGAACAGAAAGGUAAGAAUCUUGUCCCGUUUUUCGAGUUGUCGAGUUCACAACGUUAUGAAGUCAUGAGUUCGUGGAAAAAAGUGAAUUCAAGUCUUGUUGAGAUUACACCAUUAAUGUAUCAAGGAUUAAUGCGAAUUGUAAGUAAAGGAGGAGAAGAUGAUCCAGUUGUGCCAAUUAGAAAACGUCAAAAGGAGCUUCAGGAAGCCACAAAUACGAUGCGAUCAGAGUCUCGACCAACACGAGCAUCAUUAGCUUCGAAUGAUUCGCCAUUGAAAUCAAUUAGUUCAAAGAAGAAAACUCAAACAGCUGCAGUACGAGCAUCGAGUAAUCCAUGGUCAUCAGAAGAAAUGUUGCAAUUAAUGGAAGCGUGGACUCUUGCAGCCAAGACAGUGUGUGAGACAACAUCAAAUGAUCCCAUGUCGAUUGUACAUGAAAUUUAUCGCCAAUUUGAAAGAUUACAAGGUGGUUCAACAACACGGAAUCUAUCAGGUUUAGCCACACGACGACGAGUUUUGAAACAAUCGUAUACUCGAAUUGCCGCGUUUGAUAAGAUUCAAAAAAUGAAUGGAGACUUGCCAUUUACAGACUUACCUGUCGCCACUCGAUUGAGUGUCUUACGAUCGUGGAAGAAUGUGAAUUUAUUGGAUUUAUCGGCUGAUUUGUACGCGAGAUUACAUAGUGUCAUUGCUUUGGAUACUCAAGCUGUGGCACUUGAAGAUCUCCGUCGUACGAAAGGAUCGACUACGAAACCAAUUCCUCUAGUUCCUGGACGAAAAGGGGGUCGACCACCGAAGAAGAUUAAAGCGCAGAGUUCAGGUCCAACUAAUGAGGAAGAUCAUGUGCCUUCGUCUCAAACAUCGAUUAGUGUUACGGAUGGUGAAGAAGAAAAAGCGCUGCCAAAAGUGACGAAUGUGAGCGAUAGUGACGCCAAGACAGAAACGAUAGCACCCGAGUCUGUCAUUCCAACGAAUGAGACGCACGUAGUUAGUACGAUGGAUCAAUCUGAAUCCGAGAAUCACGACACAAUUUCUUCUGCUACGAAAUCUCCUUCGGUAGAAGAUGUAGACAAAAAGGUUCAAGAAACGACACGGUCUUCAGCUGAGUAUGAGCAAAACACGUUAGAAAACGUUGAAAUUGAUUCUGUGCAAGAUUCAUCGGCAGAUAAGACGCUCUCUUGUGCUGAUGAUACAUCAAUUGAAACUCAUGAGAUGGAUCCAAAAUCACCAUUACUUUCAGUAAGCCAAAAUCAAGAUGAUAAAAGUGUUGAGAAUAAUGAAGUUGAGAGCAAUACGAAUGCAGUUGAAAAUCAGUCAGUAGACGAAAGUGCACGUGACUCUGUUGUACCAAAAACUGAUGAGGUUGACGAGAGUGACGCACCUACGCGUAAGGGUCCAGGACGUUGGGGCAAACGAAAGCGUAAGAUGCAAAUGGAUGCUCCAAAUGGUCUAUUAUGGGAGAUUGAAGAGCUUGCUCUUUUGAUCAAAGCGUGGGAAAAAGCUGCAACUCUUGUAUGUAAUAGUGACCCAAGUGAACGACUGUCUUUGAAUCGAGAAAUGUAUCGUGAAUUUGUUGAGAUGCAAGGUGGAUACUCUGUACGAAACGAUACAGCUCUUGCAGCACGACGGAGUUCGUUAAAAUCAUCUCAUGCUCACAUUUUUUCAUUUAACGAGGCCCAAAAAGCGAAGAAUGAGCCCACUUACCACAAUCUUCCACAAGAUACACGCAUGAGUUUACUACGAUCAUGGAAGAAUCGCAAUUCUGUCGAUUUGACUCAAGAAAUGUACGAUACGUUGGGACGCAUUAUUGCUAUGGAUGACAAAUUGGCUGAAAUUCGACACCUUCGACCCCCUGUGUCUCCAAAAGUCAAGAGUAGCACGAGUACUCUUGACUCGAGUAUUGAUUUGAAAGCUAUGAAGCCUCCAAAAUGGAGUACUGAAGAAUCAUCUGACUUGAUUAAAGCAUGUGCCGAUGUUCUGAACGUUUCUAGUGACCGAGAAUUGUCACAUUCUGAACGAGAAGGAUUAAUUUAUGACGCAUUUUUAGCUCGUCGUCAGAGUGCAGGGGAUACAGACACUUUAAUUCGUCGAGAUUUGCGAAGUAUGGCACAACAAUGGCGCUGUAUUCUGGCAUCCUAUUCAUAUAUCAAAGCAUGUAAUGACGAUCGUUCAGAACCAAAUAGUCCGUCGUGGUUUGACAUGACAUCAUCUCAAAAACGUGCGUAUCAACAGUGUACGAAUAUUCCAGUCAAAUUUGUGGAUCUGGAUGCCAAUAUGUUUGAUUUAGUUACAAAAACAUCAUUUGUGGGCGUGUCGUCUCCACUUUUGACGCCAUCGUUGCCAUCACCAAUUGCUGAGAAUGCGACAGAUGGAAUUGCUUUACGUCCACGUUCUGCUCGAAAGAAAUCGGAUGUUUUUUGGUCGUCCGAUUCGGAAUCAUCGGUAAUUGAAGAAGUGGGAGGAGAGAAUCGAAAUGAUCGUAUUUCUUCUGGAAAGAAGGGCAAUAUUUGGCCACAAGAAGAAAUUUGGAGCUUAAUUCAAGCAUGGGAAGAAGCAGCUGAGACGACGAAAGGCACACGAUUGACUUCAGCCCUAAAUGAAACUUAUGCUCUGUUUACCAAGCGCCAAGCACCAUUCCAUCGAACUCGAACGUUAAUUAGCGUCAAAAAUCGAAUGAUUGCUUUGAAUUCCUCCUUUCUUGGUAUCUCGUCGUAUAUUGCUGAGCGUGGUGAAAGUUCAGCUUGGUUUAAUUUGAGUACAGAAGAACGAAUUAAUGAGAUUCGAAGCUGGGGAAACAAAACAAUCAUCGAUUUAAAUGAAGAAAUGUACAAUUCGUUAGCACGAAUUCUCGAUCGAAAACGAAGUGAGAAAAUGGAAAGUGGGAAGCGCAAGCAAGGACGAGUGAAAGAGGUGGAGACGAAAAGUUCUGGUAGUAAGCACGAGAAAUAUGCUGCUGCAAAUUGGAGUAAAGACGAACUAUUGAUGUUAAGUGAAGCAUGUGGUGAAUUGUUGGAAGGGAGACGAAGUCGGCGUUAUGUCUUUGAAGAAGAGAAAGAUCGUUUUUUUCGUCGAUAUGAAGAAUUGGGUGGAACCAAUUCGUUGGCAGCAGCUGUGGGAUUAGCUCGCUAUGUCUUGGAUUCGUAUGAAUUUAUCUACUUUUACAAUCAAAGAGCAAUCGAUACGGGAUGUUUAACGUGGUUUGAACUUGAUCUUGAAGAUCGAGAUGCUAUUACUCUAACAAUGAGUAAAUCGUAUCGAAGUUUUAAUGGGUUAACGACAGUGGAUGAAGAAAUUUAUGAUGUGCUUGAUAAACUUGAUGCUGAGCUUCGUUUCAAACUUGGAGAAGAAAAGAAAAAGACUUAUAAACCUCCAACUGAUGCAACGUCAUCUCGUUACGUGAAUAUUGAGUCUGUGAUUGAACAUUGUGAGUAUAAAAAGAGAGUCGAGACAAGAAAGAAGGUUGGAAAGAUUCCAGAGCCAAUCGAUGACGAGUCCGAAGAAGAAGAUAAUGAAUCGUCGAGUAUGGAAUUGUCGAUGAAUGAUGAAUCUACCGACAGCGACUCAAGUACAGCGGAUCAUUUCAAUUCUCGAGCAGCUUCCACUGCUAUAGGUGAUGGUCCGUCUACAAGACGUAAUUCCGUUCGUCGUGAGUCCGAAACUUUUGAAGACUCGACUCUUUUACCUCGUAAACGAUCCCGAACUUCUUCUUACGUCGACUUGUCUUCUACUUUAUCUAUCACCGAGAUUAUUCACAAACAAAGUCAAAAGUUGGAAGAUGCCGUCAAGCAAUUUCGAAAAGAUAGUAGCAUUGCACGAAAUGAACACCAUGCAUUUUUACUACAAAAGAUUCAAGAAACAUUUCCAAUUGAUCGUGGUCAUGGAUCAUUCUUAGAGCGUGUUGCUGAACGACAAAGUCAAUCGUUAGGUGAAUUAUUCCAACGCUUGCAACGACAGCGUGAUAUGGAAAAAGCCAAAGAUGAAGAAUUGAUGCGUCAAUUGUUUGAAAGGACGGAACGUACAUAA